AUGGUAAAUAUUUUUAGAAAAACCUUUCGCCGUUUCGUAAAAAUUUGCAAGAGACGACAAACAGGACUCUCAAUUCCAAUCGAAACGAAACAAAUAUUACCAGACGAGUGCAUUCAACAUGUAUUCAAGUUUAUUGAUAACAAUGACCUUUAUUCUUGUUUAUUUGUGAAUAAAUAUUGGUGUAAGAAUACAAUCCCAAUCUUGUGGAGUCGACCUUUUCGUAAUUUAUCUCCUGAGAAUCAAUCGAAGCUAUUAGCAAUAUAUCUCUCACGUAUUACCCCCGAUGAAAAAGCAACACUAAAACGAAUUUUCCGAAAAAUCAACAUCAAGAUUCGGUUACCAAAAUAUCAACUUACCUAUAAAUAUGAAAAAUAUUUACAAGAACUUUCAUUUAAAGAUUUAGAAUCAGCCAUAUUUUCAUGGUUAAGCUCAUCAUUUCGUAAACCUAUUAAAGACACUUAUAAUUUAAAUGUGCAAAUAGAACAUUUAACAACAUUAUUAUGCACUUUAUUUUUUCGAUCUUGUGAGAAUUUAAACACAUUCAUUAUCGAUAAACAUUUGUCUUUCACCAAUAUUCCUGAUGUCGUAGUCUUUUCCAAAUCUGGAAUUUUAACUCAACUUAAAAAACUUAAAAUAAAUUUUCGAAAAUCCGAAAGUAUCAUAGGUUUAUUAGAAUCCUUACAUUUAUAUUGCAAAAAUCUUGAAUACUUGGAAAUUAAUUUUAUAGAAUUUGAAAAUGAUGAAACAAUAUUUGGUUCAAUAUCAAAUCUUAUCGAUCAACAAGAAGGAUUAAAAGAAAUUAGAUUGGGUUAUAUUCAAUCAAGUAAUGGUACCAGAACAAUCUUAACAUCGAUUAAAUCACAAUUAGAUAGCAUAUAUUCAAUUCAUUUUAAUAAUGUUAACUUCAAAGGAAUUAGUUUAAAAAUUUUGGGAUCAUGCCCAAACUUAAAAAAUUUAGUAUUUUGGAAUUCACAAGGACUUGGUACUCAAAAUUCAAAAAGUUUACAAGAUUCAAAAUAUCAUUUAGAGAAAUUACAUUUAUGGGGACAACGAAAACAAUCAAAUAUUACUGCUACAAUAAUUCAAGCAACUGGAAAAACUGUUAAACAAUUAUGGGUGGAUUCUAUAUCUUUGGAAAUAGUUCAAACAAUCGUUGAUUAUUGUCCACAACUUACCGAUCUUCGAAUAAUGGAUUAUCAACCAAAACAAGUUCCAUUUCUUUUAAACUUACUUAAAGAUGUUAAUCAAUUAGAAAAACUUACUAUAACAAGAGAAACUGUAGUUGAAAUGGGUGUUGUAAACUUUUCGGGAAAAAACUUUCCUAUUAAUCUCAAGUAUCUUAGAUUAGAAUGUGGAUUUACUACCGACCAAUUGGAACAUCUACUAAAGACUUGCAAAGCUCCUUUGAGAACUUUGAUCGUAGAAUAUUGUAAAUUCGAAUUCGCUCAUCUGAAAGUUAUAUCAGAUUAUAUAAAAACUACCAAGAGUUUAAAAGUACUUGGAAUCGGUGGGAAGAAAGAAUAUAGUCAAAGAGAAUCAAAGGAAAUUAAAAGUUUAGAAAAAAAUUAUGGAAUUUAUGUUAUUCCUUUACGUGAAGUUCGUGAUUGGUAA